UGUAACGUGUGUGUGUGUGUGUGUGUGUAUGAAUAUUAAUGGGCUAAUGUACAUGCAGCACUUUGAACACUUAAGGUGCUGUAUGAGCACCAAGUCUUAUGUCUGGAAUGAGUUUCUCAGUGCUGCUUGGCUGCGGGUAGAGAAUGCUAGAGCUGGUGUGUGGGGGGGACAGCUGGAGCCCUCUAUAAAUGGGCUAAAACACCAGGCAGAGCUCGCUGGCCCCUUGCCUGCCCGUUUUUGGAAGCUCACAGCACAUGCUGAUUCUGCGCAUGAGGAGCAUUUGGCUAGAACUGUCCAAAGGAGACUCUGCUGAUAGCAAGAUCCCACUGGCCAUUCAUUUCCUGUGCGACAGGUUCCCAACUACUGUUGACUAGGGGGCACUGGGCUAGGCCUUGUGGGAGAGGUGCCAGAAAUAGCCUUUCCAGCUUCGCUUCAACAGAGCUUGGCCCAAGGCUCUUGCCAAUAGCAGUGUGUUGUGGUAGGACAACUGACCAUGCUUUCCCGGAACAAGGGUCCAUCUGGUGGGAGAAGGGAGAUUCUGCUGAGGGCAUCUGGGGUCACCAGUCCUGAGCCUACCUGUAUGUGCUGAGCCUGGCUCAGAAACCUGAUUAGUGACAAUUGGCCCAAAGCCAACGGCGCCUUCUCAUGCAAAUCAGCCUUACAGUGCAUUGUGGGUAUAGCAGUGUCCCUUACUGUAGGCCCACAGGCAAUCUCGCCAUUUCGGCUGGUGCGAUGCUACAUAGUCCUUGCUCAAGUGGUGAUUGAAGACACCCCCUGGAGACACCCAGCCCUAUUUUUAUUGUUAGUUGUGCCAUAUUGACUUGCUGACAACCUACACCAUAACCAGUUUGGUUGUGAAACACCAGCCCCUCACCUCCUGGGUGGAGUUAGCAACCUCAUGAAACUACUGAGGCUGGCUGGUGCUGGAGCUGGGGAAGAAGGGGCUACUCUCCAAACUGGACUCUUGCGCAGUGAAGGUGGUUUACCCUGAAUAACAUCAUUCUGCACUUCUACUUGAGGCUCUCAAAGUACCUUACAAACAUGAACACACAUAGCACCCCUGUGGCAAAGGGGCUGAAAGAUACUCUCUGUUAUGCACAGAAAGGGGAGAUGACUAGCUCAAGGUCACACACACAGUCUGCAGCAGAGAUGGGGAUAGAGCUUAGAUCUCUUGCUUCCCCAUCCUGUGCCUUGUCAGUGAGAACCUCCUUGGCUCAUGGCACUUCCCAGAUCAGAGUGAAGGCUGGGACUUCCCAGGACUGGCUGAGGCAGGGAAUGGAGACAUCAUCACAGAGUGAACUGUCUGCUCAAUGUACUGCAGCCAGUGGCACUGGAGUGGGGAGAGGCGUUUUGGGAGAGGAGGGGAAACCUGCAUUGGCAGGGGAGGAAAGCGGCAUGGGAAGCUGUGAGCUAAGCCUGGGGAAAUCCACCUGUUCCCUGGAACCUGUCAUACCAUGUGCUAGCUACACCCUGGCCAGGAGUGAGAGAGUGCUGUGUUAGCAGUUAUAGCCAGAGUGUGUUCAUGCAGAGACAUUGGGUGACCAGGAGAGAGGCUGUGGCCUCCCUGUGCUGGUGUUGUGUGCUCCCGGGGUCCACCGUGCUCAGCAUUGGGAAGGGCCCGAUGGGUGCCCUGGCACAGACUGCAGAAGUGAGAAAAACAAACCCAGACUGGCCAGUGGGAGCAAAAUUCUUGGCCAGCUUAAGGCUUUAGAGAGAAACUCACAAGACAGCCCUCGCCUCUCCCCCCAACUCUCCCUGCCUUUGUUCUGGCCACACCAUAUAGGUACAGAGCCCUAAUCUCUCUGGCAUGCAAAUACCCUACUGCUCUAGGGUAUUCAAAAAUCUGUCUCCUUGAUGGCUCAAAAAGUGGGUGCAUGUGAGGGGGGGGGGAUGCGGACUGUCUGCAGUGUGCUUGCAGGGAGCAUGCAUGGUGUUAUAUAGCCUGUCUAGGCCCCAACCCAAACGAAAGCCCUGUUGUGCUAGGCACUGUGCAAACACAGCUUGAGAGACAGACUCUGAAGAGCUUCCAGCCUAACUAGACAAGGCAGCCAACGAGUGGGAGGGGAGCCAGGUACAGAGGAGAGGUGAGGGGACAUGCCCAAGGUCACCCAGCAGGUCAGUGGCAAAGAGCUUGGAAUAGCGCCAGGUCUCCUGCCUCCCACUUCAGUGCCUUAGCCACUAGCCCAUGCUGCAGCUCCAUGUGACGCGGGGGCAGAGGUCAGAGCAGGCGGGAGUAAAUACUGGCACAAGUGAACUUAAACACUUCAACAGGCAAUGGUGGAGCGCCGGGCAGAAGGCUGGAGCUGCCAUUGUAACCAUGUGUCCUGUAUGCUCUUCUCCUCCUGCAGCUCUUGGAGAUCUGUGUCUACUGCACGCUCUCCCCCGCCCCCAACCCCCGCUUGGCUUUGGGUCCCCUCCCCCAAGUUAGAAAAUGGGGAGGUCUGACCCAGAGGAGGGCCAGCCGCCAGCUUCAGUGAAGCCCCCAGAUGGUGGCUGGGGCUGGAUAGUGCUGCUGGGCUGCUUUGUGAUCACCGGCUUCUCCUACGCCUUUCCCAAGGCCGUGAGCGUCUACUUCAAGGAGCUGAUGCACGACUUCCACGUGGGCUACAGCGACACAGCUUGGAUCUCGUCCAUCAUGCUGGCCAUGCUGUAUGGCACGGGGCCUGUGAGCAGCAUCAUGGUGAACCAGUUUGGGUGCCGGCCUGUGAUGCUCGUCGGUGGGCUCCUGGCGUCUUCCGGUAUGAUCCUAGCCUCCUUCACCACCAACAUUAUUGAGCUGUACCUGACGGCUGGCAUGCUGACAGGUCUAGGUAUGGCUCUGAACUUCCAGCCCUCCCUGAUUAUGCUGGGCACCUACUUUGACAAACGUAGACCUCUGGCCAAUGGGCUUGCUGCAGCCGGGAGCCCUGUCUUCCUCUCUGCCCUCUCUCCGCUGGGGCAGGUCUUGCUCGAGAAGUUUGGCUGGCGAGGAGGAUUCCUCAUCAUGGGGGGUUUGCUGCUCAAUUGCUGCACCUGUGGAGCAGUCAUGAGGCCUCUCGAGGCAGGCAUGAAGCGGAAGAUGGAGAGAGUUCAGGACAAAUAUGAAGCCAAGGAGAUGCUGCCCAUUGGGGAAAGGGCAGAGGAGGCCAUAAGCACCAUUGAUGGAGCCAAAAAAUCAAAGAAAACCAAGAAGAAGCAGCAGCCCAGGAAACGGAAGAAGCUAUUGGAUUUUUCUAUCUUCUCCAACCGGGGGUUUGUCAUUUACUCCAUUGCUAAGUUCAUCAUGGUCUUGGGUCUCUUUGUGCCCCCCAUAUUGCUGGUCAACUAUGCCAAAGACAUAGGAGUGCCAGACACAGAAGCUGCCUUCCUGCUGUCCAUCAUUGGCUUCAUAGACAUCUUUGCCCGCCCUUCCUGUGGGAUGCUAGCCGGAAUGAAGUGGAUGCGUCCCCAUGUUGCCUACUUAUUCAGCUUUGCUAUGCUCUUCAAUGGCCUGACAGACAUCUGCAGCGCCAGGGCUAACACCUACACGGCACUGGUCAUCUUCUGUAUCUUCUUUGGCAUCUCCUACGGCAUGGUGGGUGCAUUGCAGUUUGAGGUGCUCAUGGCCAUUGUUGGAUCCCAGAAGUUCUCCAGUGCCAUUGGGCUGGUCCUGCUCAUCGAAGCCAUUGCUGUGCUCAUUGGGCCACCCUCAGCAGGACGCUUGGUGGAUGCAUUCAAGAACUAUGCAAUCAUCUUCUACCUGGCUGGCUCAGAGGUUGUACUCUCCUCCCUCUUCCUGGCCAUGGCCACCUACUGCUGCCUGAAUCAGGGGAAGAAGACACCCCAGCCAGAGAAGACCCCUUCGGUAGGGGGUGGCAGUGAUACCGAAGAGGCAGAGUCAGAUGCGCAGGAAGUGGAAGAUCAUGCUGGUGACAACCACCACCUGUCCCACAGCACCAACACUGCUGUCGUCAUGGACAGCGAUGCGGUGAACCACGUAGCAGAGGACCAUAGUGCAGAUGGGGUGGAGCAGCCUGCGGAUGAGGGGGCAGUGCCAGUCCCAGGUGAAUGCAACUCUGGUCAGACAGUGGAGAGAGAGAGAUUUUAGCAAGUGAAAAGCCAGGACUAAGAGACAAUGCUAAAGUGUGUGACUGGCCUGGUUUGGAGACAAGUAUAUGGGGGAAGGAAUAUGGGUUGGAAGGGGAGAGUGUGCUGGGGAAGAAGGGGGAGCUGCAAGGAACAAGAGAUCGAUUCCAAGAAUAGCAGAAUUUUUAUAUAUAUAAUGUCUGUGUAACGGUAUACUGCAAAUACACUGAUGUAUUCAACACAGGCCCAAAGACCCUGAAAACCAGCCUCCCCUACAAACUGUCCCUGGGAAAUAUUUUUAAACAGCAGCAGAGGCAGCCAGAGAACUUUACUUUUCCCUCUACACUAUCACCCUAAGACAGAGUUAGGGGCUCUCUAUGAUCAUAUCUGAUUUACUCAGUCUUCAAUGCCUCUCCUAAUCUGCUACUGCUGUCAGGACAGACCACGCUUCAUAGACUGCAGAAGAGGCCACGCUAUGAACUUGGCGGGAGGGAGGUUGGUUUAGGCUGUCAUGGAAGCAGCUGAUGGUGUAGGGAAAAAAAGCUAGAGGGCAGCUACAGGAAUUGCCAUACUUCAUGUCAAUAAUCUCUCUGACCUUGCCUCCAACCACAACCAAUGCCUUAGAGAAAGGUAUAGCCUUCCCCUUCCUAGGCAAUACUAAAAGUGAGGGGAAGGGACUUCAUUCUGACCCCAGCUUGAAAUUAUCUGAUGAGGUGGCAGGCCAAAAGAAGUGGUUGUGAUGCUUCAUGGGCAAGGCAGAGGAACUGGGGGAAAAGCUCUAGUUAAGGGCACCAAGCAAGGAAACAGUCAAACUAAAUGCCAUUAGCUAACACCUGCCCUGACACUAAAAAGUUUUACAGAUAGGAAUACUAGCAAGGACCCUUCCCCAUAGGCUGAAUCUGCAUGUCAAGAGUAGAUGACAUAUGAGGGGGAACAACACUGAGCAGGAAGAGUUUCUCUUCAGAGCCCAGGUAAAAAACACACCAUGUCUCGAGGGAUUAUCCCUGUGGCAGCAAUGGUACAAGGGGGAGGGGUGGAUGUGUGUUUUUUAACUAAAAGAAAACCCCUUAUAUAAAGGAAUCAAUGUUCAGGCAGAAGAACAAGCAGCAGCCAGAGGAUGCAAUGAAUGAGAGGGUUUGAGCAAGUAGUAAAUCAGGCUUAAGAGAUGGAUUUCUGGAUUCUAAAAGAACAACCUUCACUCGCAUGCUUAAACCACACUUAAUCCGCUUUAGAACUGGGUCUACUAUGACACUCCUAGCCAAAGCCCUUCCUUCCAGUUUCCUGAAUUACUUUACCUCAAACACCCCGUGCCAACACCUCAAGGGCCCUAUUACAACACCAAGGGAUCAGAAGCCACAGGGCUGUACGGCAGGGAUCUCAAGGGCUGCAGAACAGGCAUUUCACUUCAGGUCACUGGCUUGAAUAUGAACUAGGGAUUGGUCAGAGACAUUACCAACUGAUAGCCCAGCUAAACCGAAUUUGGUGGGGGAGAGAGAGAAGGUUGCACUCCAGCUGCUACUACGCAAGCAGUACUGAUUUGCUGCAAUAAGGACAGUUUUCAAGGAGAGACAAGACCUCAAUGAGCCAGGGGGCUUGCAACCAAGAUGUGAGACAGGGCGGGGCAAAGAGCACUGUAGCUACCCCCCUCUGUCUGUGUAAGAGGCUCAGCUUGUAACUUGCAACUAGCAUUGUAUUCACAUUAAAAUUUAUCUAAA